AUGCGUGGGCGUAAAACCACAAGACAUGAAAGAGAAUUUACACACCCCCUUGCAGAGCUUCUUACAAGAAUAACUAUGGAGUUAUUGACAGAAAGACUAGAGCCUAAAGUGGUUAAAGCUCCACCUCCUCAAGCAAAUGCAAGUGAAAAAAUGUAUUGUCUCUGUCAAUACAAUCCUAAUGAUGAAACAUUUAUUGGUUGUGACUCUACAUCUUGCAAGCAUGAAUGGUUUCAUUUAAGCUGUGUUAAAUUGAAAAGAGUCCCAAAAGGUUCAUGGUAUUGUCUUUUGUGUCGAAAGGCCAGAAAACAAAAGGUAUCUCAACACAGUCAGUGA